AUGAAUGCUAAUGAUGAAAAUAGAGAUGGCAUUAUUGGACCAAAAAAUCAAUAUCAACAAAACUUCUCUAAUAUCAAUGAUAUCAAAGAUGAUAAUGAUUUAUCUAAUAACAAUGAUAUUAUUCACAAUAACUAUAAUAAUUUACCUGAUUCCAAUUAA